AUGGCAGUAUUUCAGAGCAAAAAAUUCCGUGGCGCGGCCGACGCUGGCACAUUUGCAGCCAAGUAUCGCGCUGCCAUGGCCAAACACCCUUUUCUACUGUUUGGUCUGCCUUUCAUGUCCGUAAUUGUCGCCGGUUCUUUUGUCCUCACUCCCGCCGCCGCCGUCCGGUACGAGAAACACGAUCGCCGAGUCAGACAAAUGACACACGAGGAAGAACUGGGUGUUGGAAAGGGCGGCCGCAAGGUCAACAUGAAGGAUGAGUACUAUAGACUUGCCGCAAAAGACCUCGACGACUGGGAACAGAAGCGCGUCGAGCGACUGCCAGGAGAAAACGACGGCAGGCUAUGA